UAAAUGUCAUUCCCAACAUGUCAGAUCGACUUACACAACUUCAAGAUGCCGUCAACCAGAUGGCUGACCAUUUUUGUAACAGUAUCGGCAUACUUCAGCAGUGUGCUCCACCAAGCAGCUUUCCUGAGUUUGACAAAGGAGGAAUGAAACCACCAGCCACACAGCAAGAAGAUUACGCAGAACUUUUCGCAAAGCUCAUUGCUAGAACAGCCAAGGACAUUGACAUACUAGUAGACUCACUUCCCAGCGAAGAAUCUUCUGCAGAGCUACAGGUGGCAGCAGUGAAGAGAUUGGAGGAGGAGAACAAGGAGGCGGCACAGAAGCUGGAGGAGGUCGUGAAGCGCGGCGAGACCGUGCUCGAGCAGAUACAGAGGGCGCUCAAGGACAUCGCGCAGUCGCAGAUCGAGAUGCAGAAGCUUGAGGCCGGCUCGACAGCGGCGGUCGCCGCAGACGCGAGACCGUAGCCCCGGGCGACCGGUGUGCGUCGCCGCGGCGACAUGUACGAGGCAGAGACGCUCGCGUACUACAUGACGCUCUUGCCGCUCACGGUGCCCGUC